AUGGAUCCUCUUAAGUAUCUGUUUGAGAAGCCUGCACUCACCGGUAAGUUAGCUCGCUGGUUGCUUUUGCUGGCGGAGUUCGAUCUUGAGUAUGUCACAAGGAAAUCGGUCAAAGGACGUACGAUUGCAGAAUUUUUGGCCGAUCACCCUGUUGAUGGACCAGAGGACUCUGAUUUUGUGUUUCCAGAUGAAGAAGUGAUGACAAUUGUUGAAGAUGUUUGGACUCUCUACUUUGACGGAGCAGCCAACCAGAAAGGAUUUAGGAUCGGGGUAUUGCUAAUUACACCUGAUGGCUCUCAUAUUUUGCUUGCAAUCAAACUCAAUUUUGAUGUUACAAACAACCAAGCUGAGUAUGAGGCUUGCAUUGUUGGCAUGGAGGCUGCUCUUACACUUGGUGUCGAAAAGCUCGAGGUUAUUGGAGAUUCCAAUCUUGUAGUCUCUCAAGCCAACGGGAACUGGAAAGUCCGUGAGGAGAAGCUGAAACCUUAUCAUCAGGAUUUGGAAGAUCUAAUUCCUCAUUUCAACAAGGUGACCUUCACUCAUAUCCCUCGGUUGAAGAACCAAUUCGCCGAUGCUUUAGCAACUUUGGCUUCCAUGGUCGAACUUCCUUUGGGUGUUAAGCUCUGCCCUAUCCUAAUUGAACAGAGGAACUUUCCCGCUUAUCAGUAUGUAAAUGCCAUUGAUGAUGUUGAUGAUGCUAAGGCCACUAAAAAGGCUCAAACUGCGUUACGAAGGUUGGCGGCCCAAUACAUCAUUUGUGGAGGAAAGCUGUACAGGAGGUCUCACUGUGGAAUGCACAAGUUGUCUGUCAACGGCGCUAAGAUGACAAGGAUAAUGGAGGAGAUUCAUGAAGGAGUCUGUGGCCCUCACAUGAGUAGUGUCAUGCUCGCUAGGAAGAUCCUACGACAAGGAUACUUUUGGUCUAUCAUGGAAGCAUAG